AUGGCAGAAUCAUUCGCAGUUCCCCUCGAAAACACUAGAAACGUGACAAUCGUCGCCCAUGUCGACCACGGCAAAACCUCUUUCGCCGACUCCCUCCUCUCCUCCAACAACAUCAUCUCCACCCGUCUCGCUGGCAAACUCCGUUUCCUCGAUUCCCGCGAAGACGAGCAAGCCCGCGGUAUCACUAUGGAAUCCUCUGCCGUCUCGCUCCGCUUCGACAUGGCUCGCCUCCACCCUCCCUCUGGGGAAGUGAGGACGGAGAAGUGCGUUUGUAAUGUGAUUGAUACGCCGGGGCAUGUGGAUUUCGCUAGUGAAGUGUCCACCGCGAGCCGGCUCUGUGAUGGGGCGUUGGUGCUAGUGGAUGUGUGGGAAGGCGUGUGUACACAGACGAUCGCAGUCCUCCGCCAAGCAUGGAUGGACAAGCUCAAACCCCUCCUCGUCAUCAACAAAAUGGACCGCCUCAUCACCGAACUCAAACUCACCCCCACCGAGGCAUACCACCACAUCGCCCAGCUCAUCGAGCAAGUCAACGCCGUCAUGGGUUCUUUGUACGCCUCGGAGAGGAUGGAAGAUGAUUUGAGGUGGAGGGAGGAGAGGGAGAAAAGGAUGGCGAGGAAGAUGGAAGAGCAAGGGGAUGAUCUGGAUGAUGACGAAGAGUAUGAAGAGAAGGAAGACGAAGAUAUCUAUUUCGCACCAGACAAGGGUAACGUACUAUUCGCCUCCGCCAUCGACGGCUGGGCAUUCCGCCUCGGCAAGUUUGCACGCCUCUACGCCGACAAACUCAAAGUCAAAGAAAGCAACCUCCGCAGAGUCCUCUGGGGCGACUGGUACCUCGACCCAAAGACCAAGCGCGUCGUCGGACGCAAAAAGCUCGCGGGGAGAAACUUGAAGCCGAUGUUUGUCCAGUUCGUGCUCGACAAUAUUUGGAAAGUGUACGAAACCGUCCUCGAAGAGCACAACCCCGACGCCGUCCAAAAAAUCGUCUCCUCCCUCUCCCUCCGCAUCCCCCCCCGCGACCUCCGCUCCAAAGACACCCGCAACCUCUUGAACCUCAUCAUGCAACAAUGGCUGCCCCUCUCCACUACCACUUUCCAAGCCAUUAUUGAUAUCAUCCCCUCCCCCUUGAGCGCUCAGGGUAUCAGAUUGCCGCAUAUGUUACAUCCGGAAGAGGCGAAGGGGCCGGUUCUGAAACCGCGGAACGCCCUCGAAAAAGCCCUCUACACGUGCGACCAAAGCGAAAGCGCGCCGGUGACGGCGUACGUCUCAAAAAUGUUUGCUGUCCGCCACUCCGAACUACCAGAGUUCAAGCCGAAAGAAAUCUCUGCUGAAGAAAUGCGCGCUCGCGGUAAAGAAGAACGUGAGCGUCGAGCAAGGUUGUUGGAGGCGCGAAAAGCUGGGGGUGAGGGAGCCGAUGGGGUGGAGGGAGCGGGGGCGGGGGUGGGGGUGGAGAGUGUUAUGAAGCCGCUCGAAGACUUGAACUUGGAGAACGCUGAAGAAGGCAAAGAAGGCAAAGAAGAGACAGAAGAAGAAGAAGACUCUGAAAUCAUCCUCGGUUUCUCCCGGAUCUUCUCCGGUACCCUCCACCGCCACACUCCCCUCCUCUGCCUUCUCCCCAAAUUCAACCCCCUUCUUCCUUCCCCGCUCCUCCACCCCUCGAAUUCAAAACAUAUAGUCCCCCUCAUAGCGACAGACCUCUACAUGAUGAUGGGCCGAGAGCUCGUCUCAGUGGAGAGCGUGCCGGCGGGGCAUGUUUGUGCGAUUAGGGGACUGGAAGGGGGGGUGGGGAGGAGUGGGACUUUGUGGGCUGGGGAUGCUAAGGGGUAUGACGAGCUUGUUGGUGGAGGAGAAGGGAGAGGGGAGAUGGUCAAUUUGGCGGGGGUUGGUAAUGCGGCGGCGCCCAUUGUCCGAGUUGCGCUGGAACCUGAGAAUCCUAGCGACAUGCCAAAACUCAUCCGCGGCCUCCAAAUCCUGCACCAAUCCGACCCCUGCGCCGAAUACCUCGUCCAAGAAACCGGCGAACACGUCAUCCUCACCGCUGGUGAACUGCACCUCGAACGAUGUCUUCGAGAUCUUCGCGAGCGCUUUGCGAGGUGUGCUAUACAGCCUUCGGCGCCGAUUGUGCCUUUUAGGGAGACGGCGGUGAAGGUGACAGAUAUGAAUCCUUCCAAGGCGCCGGCGGGGAAGGGGAGGGGGACUGUGGAGGGGCAGAUUGGGGGUGGAGCUGUCAAGUUUAUUGUGAGGGCGGUACCCCUGGCGGAAGGGGUGGAAAGCUUUUUGGGCAAGAACAGAGGAUUAAUUAGAAGGAUGUUGGUCGGUAAACGCUCUUCCUCCUCCUCCAACUCUACCCCCGACCCUGCCGAAGACGACCCCAACACCGACGAAACCGAUCUCGCCGAAACAGAAUCCGACCCCAUCCUCGCCGAAGACGAAACCGAACAAUCCAAAAAAGCGGCAAACCCGGAAGAGUUCUGGCAAGAGCUCGAACGAUUGUUCAACACCGCCGGCGGGGAAUGGGUGGGGGCUGCGGAUAGGGUCUGGAGUUUUGGGCCGAAGAGGGUUGGGGGGAAUGUGCUUUUGGACCCUGUUCAGAAGGGUGUUUUGAGGUUGAGAGGGAAAGAACAGCUGUUCGCCAAAGCCCGCGCCCAAGGUCAAUCUGCGGAUGACGCCCUCCAAACAGCCGACAACGCCAUCACCCUCAACCAACUCGCCCACUCCGACGCUUCUCCCUCCUCUUCCACCGAAGACCCAGCCCAAUCAGAGUCCGCAAGAGCCAAGCUGAGGCUGAUCCGAGACUACGAAUCUUCCCUCCUCGCCGGGUUCCAACUAGCCACCUUCCAAGGGCCGUUAUGUGCUGAACCGAUAGUGGGGAUGGCGUGGGUUGUAGAGUAUGUCGAGGUCGACUCUGAGCUCGCUGGCGGUAACGCCGCUGGCGCAAGCGGCGGAAUAGGUGCAGGAGGAGCAGGGGGGCAGGUUGUUGGGGGCGCAUUGAUCUCAGCUGUACGAGAUGCGUGUAGGCAAGGUAUGCUCGACUGGAGCCCGAGGAUCAAACUUGCAAUGUACACUUGCGACAUCCAAGCUUCCACGGAUGUAUUGGGCAAAGUAUACGGAGUCGUAGCAAGACGCAGGGGAAGGAUCGUCUCGGAAGAGAUGAAGGAGGGUACAAGCUUUUUCACGAUCCGGUCGAUCUUGCCUGUGGUGGAAUCUUUUGGUUUCGCUGAUGAGAUCCGCAAAAGAACCUCCGGCGCAGCCUCCCCCCAACUAAUCUUCUCCGGCUACACCCUCCUCCCCCUCGACCCCUUCUGGGUCCCCACCACCCUCGAAGAACUCGAGGACCUCGGGGAAAAAGCGGACCGGGCGAAUGUUGCUAAAGGGUAUGUGGAUGCGGUUAGAGGGAGGAAGGGGAUGUGGGUGGAAAGGAAGAUUGUGGAAAGUGCGGAGAAGCAGAGGACGCUGAAGCGGUAG